CAGACUCCAGGGAAGGCUCUGGCACUGUGGUCUAGAGAGGGAUCUGACAGUCUCCCAUUUACAUGUCUUGAGACACCAUGACCCCUGAGGGGGCUCUUUGCUGCACAUAACUAAGGACCAGGGCAGAGUGAGGACCCCAGCCUCCUACGUCUCUGCAGGCCCCUUUUCAGUCAGUAGUCAUGACGUUGGACUCCUCAAUGGCGGAUCAGAUGACCCGGCUGAGGUUAAGACUCCUGGAACAGAUGCUGGAGCAGGAACGAGAGAGCAUGGACAGAGCAGGACAACAGGAAAAGCCAGACCCUGCCCUCCAGAGUGCUUUGAUGAGAAGGAAGGACCUUCUACAGAGGCUCUGGGAGCAGCAGCUGAUGGACGAACACUCCCCGGCCUGGAGGACACAUGGAAAAGCCAUAGCGCCAACCCUGAACCCAGAGGUCCCUCCCAUGGAUGUCUUCCCUGCUGCCUCCCCCUCUUUGCCCCAACCCCCAGAGCCACUAAGGAUCAUCCAGCAACCGGUCCCCCGGUCUCCUGCAACCAUUAUACAGCAGUUACCCCAGCAGCCACUGAUCGCACAGAUUUCUCCUCCUCAGGCCUUUCCCGCUCAAAGAUCAGGAAGUAUUAAGGAAGACAUGGUGGAGAUGAUGUUGAUGCAGAACGCACAGAUGCACCAGAUCCUCAUGCAGAACAUGAUGCUUAAAGCCCUGCCCCCCGGGCCCACGGGGCCGCGUGCUACUACCCUGCAGGACCAACGAUGGGUGCACCACGGGGUCCCGAGAGCUGAAAAGCAGAAGCCACCUCCGGUUCACCACCACCACCACUAUGCGCCCACCACCCAGCUGCAGGCCACCUCCGCGGCUGGCGCCCCUUCCGGUUAUGCCGGGUGGCCUCCAGUGGUUGCAGCCACUGCACUCCCACAUGCAGCCAGCUUCUUGCCCACUGUGAGCCACCUGACCGAGCCAUCGACCUCCCAUCCUAGCUACCCUUAGCACGCCCAGUGUGGAGGGAGAAAGCUAGUGUCUUGCUGCAGGUAAGCCCCAGUCGCCAGGCCACGUGGAUCUCUGUCACCCUCUGGAACAGUUGUGUCAGGUUGUCUGAGAGCCCAGCAGGGUUGGUCUCAUAGGCUGUCCGUCCCCAAGAGCUGCACUGAAAAAUACGGUCUGCUUUUCCAAGCGUGUCAGACCAUUCCCGGAUCUCAGCAAGCAUCCUAGCAUUUGCUUGCCAACCUCCGCUACUCUCCUGGGCCUUCUGGGAACCCUAGGGGAAUGAAUGCCUCGCCCAGACGGAAUACAAACAUUUUAUUAUGAAAGACUAAAGACGGGCUGGAGAGAUGGCUCAGCGGUUGAGAGCGCUGACUGCUCUUCCAGAGGCCCUGAGUUCAAGUCCCUGCAGCCACAUGGUGGCUCACGGCCAUCUGUGGUGGGAUCCGAUGUCCUCUUCUGGUGUGUCUGAAGAUAGCUACAGUGUACUCAUAUAAUAAAUAAAUAAAUCUUUAAGACUAAAGACAAAA